UUUCAUCGCAGCAACCUGCGAAGUUGACCUGCUACAUUUGACCGGUAAAACGCCCGCAAUAUGGCGUCCCUGGACUUCAAAUUGGACGAAGAUUUUCUGUUUAUCCUAAAUUUUGCACGAAACAGCAUGCACCUGUUCCAGAAUCGACCGGUGGAUCGUGCCCUGAUCGAGUCAUGGUUUGAAAAACUCUGUCUGGAGGUCUAUCGAGGUAUCGAUGCCAAACGGCUUCGUAAUCUGUAUCUGGUCAAACUGGUUACCUGUAUUCAGUCGGGUGCUUUGUUGGAACCGUUUCUGGCGAAACCCAGUGCCGAACCGUUGGACCCGCUGCCACCGGAAAUUGUCCCAUCGAAUAUGGACGAACCUCCCUGGUUGAAGGAGUUUGAAGCGGCGGCAGCAAAUAUGACUCCCGGAACGGCGAAGGACUUUUGCAGCUACAUAUGCUCCAGACAGUUGGAGAACGGCAGAGGGGUCUGCCUGUAUCUGGCCGUUUCCGUAGCGGAUGAAGGCGAAAAGCCGAAAUGGUUUGAAAUGGGAUCCGGCAGACCGCUGCUGCUGUCGGAAUUUGAUAAGGAAAUUGAAGAGGCCUACCAAAAAAUGAUUGAAUCGACUCUCGGUGCGGCUGCCGAUAGUGAACCGGAACAGUUUAUCGAUUUUGCGGAGGAUUUGAUCUUGGCCAUCCAUGAGGAGCAGGUAGGCCUCGUGGGUCCGGAGGAAAACAUACACUUGGAACGGCUGAUCACGGAUUUUAAGGAACAUAUCACCGGAAAACCGAUGGCACGGGAUCUGCUGCGGUACAGUCCAGCCAAGAGACGUGCCUUUUUGUUGGGAUAUUUGGAGAAGAAGCUGCAAAUGCAGGUGGACGAGAUUAAACUUUAUCUACACUAGUUGGAAGUGGUUCAAAAUUUUAUAUGGUUUUUCGAAUAUAUUUGGAUUGUUUAUUUGUGUGAAAUGUUCUGUUUUUUCAGCUUGCAUACAAUGAAUCCCUAUUGUAUGAGUGAUAGUAGUUAAAUCCACUACAAAUAUGGUUAAAUAACUACCGUGAUUUGUUAACUUCCAUUGCUGAUUUUGUACGUUUCCUGUUAGAUUUUACAUUCAAUUAUUGAAUGUAAUGUGGUAUACCUUUUCUGUGCUCAAUUUUCCAGAAUAUU